GGCAGCGGGGUAUCCGGCAAAUAUCCGAUCCCUUUUCAGCCCUGUGAUGAGAUUGACAUGGCACUGAGUAUGAUGCACACGGACCCCGAAAUCUGGGGUGAAGAUGCUGAGCCAUUUCGGCCUGAACGGUGGUAUGGACUUAAGCAAAGCUGGGAUUUCAUUCCUUUCUCUGGAGGACGUCGCAUUUGUCUAGCUCAGCAAAAUGUGCUGACAGAUAUUUCGUAUGUUCUAACGAGGUUGAUGCUGGAAUUCAGACCGUGCGAGAAUCUAGAUGAAUGUUUGGAAUAUAUUGAGGGACGAGUUUUUACUCCGCAGAGCAAGAACGGGAUACAAGUUGCACUGAUAGCUGCUCAAUAG